AUGGCAACCCGUAGGUCUGCUCGAUUGAGAGGCCAGACGCCAGCUAUUGAACCUAUCGACAUGAAUUUUAGACGCUCUCCGUCCAAGCGUCCAGUGGAGAAAUGUGAAGACCCUUCGAUUGAAACAAAAAAGCUCCUCGAAUCAAUACCUUCUACGCCCAAAACAAACCCCUCCAAGGCCGUGACUACUCCAAUACCAUCAUCAACAACCCAAAACAAAAGGGUACCCAAAACCCCUGAUAACCAUAGCGCUGCCAAGCCUAGUAUUGGAGAAAUGCAUCCCAGCAAGGUGCAGCAAAGCACCACAAAGCAACCAGACACUGGGCUCUGCUUGGGAUUCAGACCUAUCCAAGAUAGUUCUAAAGGUUCACUACAGCCAGUUCCUUCUAUAAUAAAUACCCCGUCAAAAGGAAGGGUUUCAAAUGCCGAUGAACUCAACAAAAUGAGCUUCGACUUCAAAUUUCCCUGCGGAGAAUCCCAACUUAGCGAGGAAGCAAAAAAACUCAUGGAAAGUCUUCGAGAGGAAGCAGCUAGGAUUAAAUCACAGAUGGUUAUUGAACAAAAUACGCAAAAGCGUAAAGACGAGGAGGCUGAAGCUCAACCAACAGCUCGGAAGAUCGCGAAACCCAAGGGCAUUGCAGGCCGUUUCAGCUCAGCCCACAUGGCCCAGUUUCGAAAGAUGGACUCGAUCGAGGGACACCCUUCAGCCUUCAGAACCCGAGUUGAGCCUAACGCAGCAUCUCCCUCAAAGUCUCUCAAGCGUAAAAGUUCGAAAGCUCAGCUUGGCGAGCCAGAGAAGGAGGUGCCAGCGAAGACUCGAGUUACUCAAGCUUCUAGAGCAACUUUGACAGCCCAUUCUGUACGGCGAUGUGGAACAGCAAAUGAAACCCUGCCAACUCGAGUUCCCUUAUCUGGUGAGAGUUCACAAGUUCAGAAUAAGACAUCUUCAAGUGUUGCCCACUUUGAUAAGUCCAAAUUUUCGACUCCACAGAAGCCUACAAUACCUCGUUCUACAAGCGUAAAGUAUCCCCACACCGUGAAGGCAUGCUCUAUAUCACGCUCGCCGUCUCGCAAAUCCUUAUUUGAACCUCCCAAGACACCUCAAACCGAUGUGAAAUAUAAACCAAAGAUGCCCGCCCUCAAAUCCAUCCUCCGCAAGCCACAGCCUCUUUUUUCCAAUGACCCCGAGAAAAUUGCGGCUGGUACUCAUCAACCUUUACCGCGAGCAGAUUUUGACACCAAGCUACUCGGCCUGUCAGACAAUUUUAAACCCUCCAUAACAAUGUCAUCAAGGAAGACCGUAGAUUUUUCAGCAAGCACAAAACUUCGCGAUGCUUGCAAUGAUGCAUCUCCAUCUGCUGUUGCUUCAAAAUCUCAAGCUAGUGGCCCGCGGGAUGUUAUUUAUCCAACCCUUCCUCCAGCUACUCCACCACAAGAGAGAAGGGUUCCCGGCUUCACUUUCAAGCUCCAGUCGCCAACCGUCCGUGAUGUCACUUCCACUCAGAGAUCUAGCAAAUUACAAUCCUGUCUGGAACGCUCUUCCAUCCCACACGGGAUUGCAAAUAAGAAACGGCGCCGUGACGAUACCGAGGAGCCCCGGACCCCCCAGAAUGACCGUUUCAUCAAGAGGCUUAAACAAAACCCCACUACUCCUUUGAUGCAAACUCCUAGCCCUGCCAAGAGGCGUCUACCCGCUACUAUUACUCCAAGACGUAAUACCCCUAGCAGCAAGGUGCAGAAGGGCAAAGGACUUACUCUUAGCCGACUGAACUUCCUCGCAACUCCCAAAAUACGCCAUUGA